AUGAUGAGAGCUUCUUAUGUCCCUCUUUACACUGUUCAUCGAGACAUGGUUCACCGUGAAAGCUUCUUGUCUUCAAUGAAGGAUCUCAGCCAAGAUUCAAACACUUGCAGCCGGUCGGGAGAUAAUAAAAAUGUGCAAUAUAAUCAGAAUGGUUUCUCGAUGAGAGCUCCUCCCCCGGAGGAAUCUCACUUUGGAAACGAGAGAGAUUUUCUUAAGCAAACUAUGCUUCAGCACGAAGCCGUUUUCAAGAAUCAGGUUCAUGAACUUCACCGUUUGUAUAGAACGCAAAAGAGCUUGAUGGAUGAAGUUAAAGGAAACAACAACCAGUCUGAACACACACCGGAGAGUGCCAUCAAACGCGACCUGCCUGCGUUUCUCUUGGGUAAACCGGUGUGUGGUGGUGAAGGAAGCAGCUCCCAAGCUUGCAACAACGUUCCCAUGGCGAAUGGUGUUAGCUCAAAGGACGAGGAGGAGGUUAGGCCUGUGAAGGUCAGGAGAAGAAUGAUUGAUCUUCAACUCCCCGCGGAUGAGUAUCUCGAUGAUGCAGACUGUCCUCAAGAAGCUGGAAGAGGCAACAAUGCUUCUCAUCUGAACGGUUCUUCUUCGGUUAUGAAGAACCAAAACGGGUUAACUGACUUGAACGAGCCUGUCCAGUGCCAAGAUGGUCCUUCUUCCAGGGAUGUAUACUCUCUUUAUGGCAAAAACAUUGUACAUGCGCAACGCCAGUGGUUGGAAACGAAUGCAAAUCAAAAUGGAUGGAUGGUUCUAGAAGCAGGGCGUGGAAAAAGCAUUCCAAGAGAGAACUUAUGUGUGCCUUCACAGCCAGUACAAGUUCUUGCUAACCAUGCAUUUGGCUAUCCUCCUUCAACUGAUCAGAGGAGGUUGUUAUCCGGCGAAUGGGAAGCUCGUCAAAGGAAUCCUGAAGUUUCCUAUGAUAGCUAUGUGGAAUCAAGUGUGGCAUCAAAUGCUCCAAGCUUGACUAAUGGUGGCUACCGCCCUGAACCUAGCAGAACUUGGAGCCACUGGAUUUCAAACCGGAGUAACGGCUCAGUUCAGAAACCUUUGCCGUUUCAAACGAAUCCACUCCUGAGUUAUAGUACACAAGCAAGAGCAGAUUCAAACUCAGAGAUGAGAAGACGUGGCGGCUUUGAAGGGGUUUACCAAGGGUUCUCUUCAGGGUUGAAGGAAACUGCCUUUAGUGUACCACCAAGUAACCUUAACCAUUUUAACAAUGGUCCAAAUGGGGCUGUUACAAAUGGUUCUUUGAAGCAUCAGAGCUUAGAAAGUCUUCAAGGACCAAAAAGACAGGAACGCUCUGCUGGGUUGCCCUGGUUAAAACCUAACCCCCCUAACAAAAACGGAAUAACCAAUGGCGGUUUUGAUUUGAAUGCUUCUGCUGAUGGCUCGAGUAAUGUAUCUCCCAACAACGGUUUGGGACGGGCUGAAAUGGCCAGUUCACUGAGUAAUGGAAAGAUUCUUGGAUACCCUAUCUCUCAUAAGCGUUCUAUUUGGGAGUGCAACUCUUCCUUUAACUCUCCCCCUGUGUCUCUCAAGGAAGCAAACACUUUGGUGAAUAGAAACUUCGACAUUAACUUGCCAUGUGACGCCUCGGUUGCUGAAGAUGUUGAAAGUAAAAAAGCUGCCACUAACAGGAACUACAUUGACUUGAAUCUAUGUGCUAGUGAGGAUGAAAGUCCCGGCUUGUGUUCCAAACCAAGAGUGGAAACAAGAGCAACUCCUUUAAUAGAUUUGGAAGCUCCCCCGGCUCUUGAGAGUGAAGAAGAAGGGGAGAGAACGCCAGAGAAGAGAGAUGAAGCUGGAGAGACUCUUGAUGAACUCAUCAAGGGAGCAGCAGAAGCUAUAGUCACCAUCUCACUGUCUCAUAAUCCUGACGAAGCUGCUUCCUCUACGACCGAUGCAGCUGCUAAAGACCCGCUCUCUUGGUUUGUGAACACAAUUGCUUCUUGCGGCAGUGAUUUAGAAAAGAGGCUUGAUGCUUGUUUAGAAGGCUGCCGUGAGGAGUGUUCUUCAGGGGAGUUUGAUUACUUCGAGGCAAUGACUCUGAACUUACCUCUAACCAAAGAAGAAGACUACAUGCCAACGCCUUUAGUCCCUGAGCAUCUGAAAUUCGAGGGGACGGAUUCUAUAGGCAUCAACAAGCCAAGGAGAGGACAAGCAAGACGAGGAAGACCAAGAAGGGAUUUCCAAAGGGAUGUUCUCCCUGGACUUGCUUCUCUGUCUAGGCUCGAAGUAACAGAAGAUCUUCAAAUGUUUGAGGGACUUAUGAAAGCCACAGGCUACGGCUGGAACUCAGGAGUGGCUAGAAGAAGCUCAAACCGAGGUGGGUCUAGCCGAGGAAGGAAAAGGCUGAUUAGCAACGUCAACGGAGCUCCGGUUUGUUCUUCUUUGGAGGGGCAAGUAGAUAACAGUAAUGUACAAAUGGUGGGACUUGAAGAUAGGAGCCUUACCGGGUGGGGAAACGCAACCAGAAGACCAAGGAGACAAAGAUGCCCUGCAGGUAGUACUCCACCAACUGUGGUCUUAACAUAAAGUUUUUUCAUGCAAUAAAAAAACUAUAGAAGGAGAAAAAAAACAGAGAAACUGAUUCAGUAUUGAAGAAGACAGACAGAUGUUUUAUUAUAUUCUCAAUCAACCCCAUGUUUGUGGGUAUUGGUUGCCCUUUGUAUAUCUUGUCCUCUCUUACAAGGGCUACAGAAAAAGAAUUACAUGGUUGUGUUAUAUUAGAGUGGUUGGUUAUUACAAAAAUCUGUUUCUCUGUUUCCUA